AUGUCUUCAUCACCUCCGCAGAAAGUCUCACUCUACUCUGUCAAUGAUCUUAAAAACGCAACCGACGACGCCCUCGCACCGUAUCUCACGACACUCCCAAGGCCCUACGCCUUCAAGCAAGAACAUUACACGACAAACGUGAAGCUUGCCCUGGGGUACACAGCUGUGCUCAUAGCGGGCGUACUCUUCUAUGCGGAUUGGAAACUCGGCUGGGAUGCCACAAAGGCAUAUACAGGUCCUGCAUGUGCCGCAUAUUUUGUGCUGAAUAGCGCAUUAACAUACUGGAUCUGGGCGGUGGAGGCGGGGACUGUGUUUGUCGGUGUCAGAGAGGGAGGUCAGAAGAUUACACUGCGCUCGUUCGCGACGAAACACUCCCCCGUUUACAAGCUGAAAGUCACCUACUCGGCCCCCUCGACCGGUAAGAAAUGGGAAGACAAGGAAAUCACCGGAAACUACACACAAUGGUUCAACACGCACGGCUAUCUGCAGCGCAAGGAAUUCCAAACGUGGCUCAGCAGCAAUAUUGACGUGUUGAGGACUGCACAGGAGGAGAUGGCCAAGAAGGACAAAUCAGACCGGAUUCCCGUCAUGAUGCCCGCCGUGCAGGCCGAUCGUGGAGCUGAACACGUAACGACCGUUUCGUCCGGCGCGGAAACAAGUCCAGUGUCUGCCAGUGCGAAGAAGGGGCGGUCGAAGAAAAAAACCUGA